AGCAUACUUUUCAAAACAAACAUAACCUACCAAUUUAUUGAAAUUUCUGAAUGUUAAUUAUUUUAAUUGUUAAAUUGUUAAACUAUUUAAAUAGAUAAACAAUAAAUAUAGAGACCACUUGUUAUGUGGGUUAAAAGUUAAAAAUUGUAGUUUUACAGUAAAUUAAUUGUUAUUGUUCAUGGAAAUGAAUUAAUUUUCCAUGCUUUCAUUUGAGGGAGAAUAUUUAUAUUUACAGUGAAAAUAGAGUUAGUUUUAAGUGAAAUUUAACUUUACAAUGAAAUUCAGCAAAGGAAUUUUAAAUUUUGUUAAAUUUAGAAGAUAUUGUACUCAUCAAGAAGUUCAGAGAAAAAUAUUACAAACCGAUGGAUUAAUUGAUAACAGAACUUGCAUUCCGGAACCAGAUCACAAUGUGGAUUUUCUAUGCAAUCCAGCUAAUCGAGAUGCAAUUUUUGAAAAUAUAAAAAAAAGAAGAAGUAAAGGAGACAUUGAUAGAGUGCUCGAAUUAAAAGAUAAACCUGGCUCGGAACAUUUACUGACGCACGAAUUAAGUCGUAUUCCAAAUUGUACACAUCCUGAUGUUUUGAAACUUGAUAAAGAGCCGAAUAUAUUAAAAGUGUCGGGAGAGGCACCCACAUUUAAUUUUACUCCAAUGGAAUUUGAAAAUUUUGCCGUGAAAAUGAAACUUUUAAAAACCGAUGGUUUAGGGCCAGUUUCCGGGCAGAAAAGUUAUGUAUUUCUAGGCGAUUUGGCAGAAUUGGAGGAUGCUUUGGUGAAUUAUUCGUUGGUUAAACUGAGAAAACAUGGAUUUAAUUUAGUGACAGUGCCUGAUAUUUUACCAACGAAAGUUAUUGAGAGAUGUGGAUUAAUUGUGGAUGGUAAUAGAACUCUUGUUUAUGAAUUGGAUCCUUGUUAUGGAGAUGAUUACAGUCUUUCUGGUACAGCGGAAAUGUCGUUAGCAUUUAAAAUGAUGAACACAACGUUGGAUGUUGAUAAAUUACCGUUGAAAUUGGCGGCAGUUAGUCGAUGUUACAGGGCUGAAAGUUCUAGUUUGGCGCAAGAAAGAGGAAUUUACAGAGUUCAUUACUUUACGAAAGUAGAAAUGUUCAUUUGUUCGGAGCAAAAUAAUUCUGAGGAAAUCUUUGAUAACUUACGUGCUAUUCAAGAAGAUUUAUUUUCGGAUUUAGGUUUACACUAUAAAGUCCUUGACAUGCCACCUCAUGAAUUAGGCGCUCCCGCAUAUAGAAAAAUUGAUAUAGAAGGAUGGAUGGCAGCACGACAAUUAUUCGGCGAAUUGUCAAGUUGCAGUAAUUGUACAGAUUUUCAAUCGCGACGAUUGAAUAUUAAAUAUAAAACUAAAGAUGGAAAAUUACAUUAUGUUCACACAUUGAAUGGAACAGCUUGUGCAUUACCACGAAUGCUUAUAGCACUUUGUGAAACCAAUCAAUUGAGAAAUGGAACCAUUGCAAUUCCAGAAAAAUUGCAACCAUUUAUGAAGGGAAAAACUGUUAUUUAUAAGCAACCGAUUCCAAAUAUGAAGCUUAAUAAACACAAACAGAAAUUUGAUUAAAUAUAAUUUAUCAUUAGUCAUUUUUUUAGAAAAAAUUUUCUCCUUCUAGAAAUGAAAUUAUUAAUGAUAAAAAUAGAGUCAGUAAAUUUAUUGUCCAAAGAUUACGAAAAAUAAAUUUUGUAAAUAGAGAAAAGUAAAUUAAGAAAAUUGUUCAACUCAGUGUUUAAUAUUUUAAAUUAAGAAAAAAAUUUUUAAUUGUUAGUUACAUUCGUUUGUAAUUACUUAAGUAAACUUAGUUUUUAAACUUUGAAAUUGUACUUUUGUUUUGAAUUGAUAUUUUCGCAAAUAAAAAUUAGGAUUUUUUUUAAUUA